GGAGCCCUCUUUCCCAUGAGUGGAGGCUGGCCCGGCGGACAAGCCUGCCUCCCCGCCACUCAGAUGGCUCUGGACCUGGUGAAUAAGAGGACCGACAUACUGCCGGACUACGAGCUGGAGCUCAUACACUACGACAGCAUGUGUGAUCCAGGGGAGGCCACCAAGCUGCUGUAUGAUCUUCUGUACACGGAGCCCAUUAAAAUCGUACUGAUGCCAGGCUGCAGCUCUGUGUCCACGCUGGUGGCUGAGGCCGCUCGCAUGUGGAACCUCAUAGUGUUGUCAUAUGGCUCCAGCUCUCCAGCUCUAUCCAACCGUCAGCGUUUUCCCACUUUCUUCCGAACUCAUCCGUCUGCCACACUGCACAACCCCACUCGAGUGCAGCUGUUCCAGAAGUGGAAAUGGACCAAGAUUGCCACCAUUCAACAAACAACAGAAGUUUUUACAUCAACUCUGGAUGAUCUGGAGGAGAGGGUGAAGGAGGCAGGGAUAGAAAUCAGCGUUCGUCAGAGCUUCCUCACCGACCCUGCUGUGGCUGUCAAAAACCUCAAGCGCCAGGAUGCCAGAAUUAUUGUCGGCCUGUUCUAUGAGACGGAGGCAAGGAAGGUGUUCUGUGAGGUGUACAAGGAGAAACUGUUUGGGAAAAAGUAUGUGUGGUUCCUCAUCGGCUGGUACGCAGACAACUGGUUUAAGAUCAAGGACCCAUCCAUCAACUGUACUGUGGAGCAGAUGACAGAGGCUGUGGAGGGUCAUGUGACCACUGAGAUUGUCAUGCUCAACCCGGAGACAGUGCGAGGAGCCUCCAACAUGACCUCCCAGGAGUUUCUGGCCCAGCUGAUGUCUAAACUCGGGGGUAAAAAUCCAGAGGAGACAGGUGGUUUUCAGGAGGCCCCACUGGCCUAUGAUGCUGUGUGGGCUCUAGCCCUGGCCCUCAACAAGACUGUGGGGCCCCUAAAGGCCAAAGGUCACCAACUAGAAGAUUUCAACUACAACAACCGAGAUAUCACCGCUGAGAUCUACCGAGCCCUGAACACCAGCUCCUUCGAAGGAGUUUCAGGCCACGUUGUAUUUGAUGCUCAAGGUUCUCGAAUGGCCUGGACUCUUAUUGAACAGCUCCAAGGAGGGAGCUAUAAGAAGAUUGGAUACUACGACAGCACUAAAGGCAAUCUGUCCUGGUAUGGGAAUGACAAGUGGAUAGGCGCAGGACCCCCCGCAGACCAGACUGUGGUCAUCGAGGAGUUUCGCUACCUGUCCCAGAAGCUCUUUGUGUCUGUGUCUGUCUUUGCUGGGUUGGGGAUCCUGCUGGGCAUUGUCUGCCUCACCUUUAACAUCUACAACAGCAAUGUCAGGUACAUUCAGAACUCUCAGCCCUACCUCAACAACAUGACAGCAGUGGGCUGCAUGAUGGCUCUGGCUGCUGUCUUCCCUCUGGGCAUCGAUGGCCUUCAUGUCCACAGGAAGCAGUUCCCUGUUGUCUGCCAGUUUCGCCUGUGGCUGCUCGGACUUGGAUUCAGUCUUGCAUAUGGCAGCAUGUUCACCAAGAUCUGGUGGGUCCACACCGUCUUCACCAAGAAGGAUGAGAAGAAAGAUAAGAGAAAGCACCUGGAACCAUGGAAACUUUACGCAACUGUUGGUGUUCUGCUCGGUAUCGACAUCCUAUCUCUCAUGAUCUGGCAGAUUGUGGAUCCUUUACAUAUCACAGUAGAGAAAUUCACCAGAGAAGCCCCCAAAGGAGACCUGGAUGUUUUGAUCCAGCCCUUACUGGAGCAUUGCAGCUCUGAAAAGAUGAACACCUGGCUGGGUGUGGUGUAUGGUUAUAAAGGCUUACUGCUGCUGCUCGGCAUCUUCCUGGCCUAUGAGACCAAGUCCAUCUCCACAGAGAAGAUCAAUGACCACCGAGCUGUGGGCAUGGCCAUCUAUAACGUUGCUGUGCUGUGUAUGAUCACAGCUCCGGUCACCAUGAUCCUGUCCUCGCAGCAGGACGCUUCCUUCGCCUUUGCCUCCCUGGCCAUCGUCUUCUCAGUCUACAUCACCCUGGUGGUUUUGUUUAUCCCGAAGAUGCGGCGUCUGAUCACGCGGGGUGAGUGGCAGUCAGAUGCCCAGGAGGCCAUGAAGACUGGCUCGUCCACCAAUAACAACGAUGAGGAGAAGUCCAGACAGCUGGAGAGAGAGAACAAGGAGCUACAAAAGAUCAUCCAGGAGAAAGAAGAGCGCGUGUCAGAGCUGAGAAACCAGCUUUCUGAGCGACAGGCCUUGCGAUCAAGAAGAAGAGCGUCCACUAUCACCAAUCAGAACCACAGCUCUCCCCCACUCGCUAUUCCACAAAGUGACCCCAGAUCUUUGGCUCCUCCUCCGGGGUACCCUGUCCCAACCCCCGACCCCCACUCCAUUUCUACCUCCUUCGCCAACUCGUCCAGCCUCUACCAGCAAGACAGCAAGAUCAGCCGAAAUAACUGCCACACCAGCCGGCUGCAGCUGCUGUACAAGUGA